CUAGUGUACUAAUCACUAAUAAGAGAAACUAAUUUGAUUUGUUACGUUUCCUAUUACAGUGGUUUGGAAUUUUCCUUUUUUUUUUUUUUUUUUUUUUUGCACUUAUACGACAUUAGGCUCUGUCUUUUGUAAUUUUACAUUUGGUUCUUAUUUUUUCUUGCUAGUUCCAUACUUGAAUAAAUUUUAGGCAAUACUUUACAAAUUCAACAAUCAACAUUAUACAAGACCUAAUAAAUUUACAAUCGACUAAUCGAGCUUUGUCCCUCCACAUUCCACCCCCCACAAAAUGGUUAACAAGGAAUACUCUUAAGCCUAGAAUAAUUGACUUCUCUUUAAUACCACCAUUGAUACUUUCUAAUAAUUACGUGAUUUAUGUAUUAAUAAACAAAAUUUACGCAAAACAAAGGAAGGUAUGAGCUUAAUUGUAUGCUAAAACAAGAUGAGAAAGGCUAGAAACUUAAAAUGUACUAGUAGCAUCAUUAUACAAGCAUUUAAAUACGACACUAAAAUUUCAUAAUUUUCUACUGUUGUUUAUACGAUGAAUCAAGAAGAAGAUACUCUCAUGACUACUCAAGUGCACCACCAUCCUACCUCUCCACCACCACCAUCACCGCCACUGCAACAACAAUCAAAAGACGACAAAAAUGAACAUCCACCACCACCACAGCAACAACAACCAGAAGAUAACGACGGAAAACAACCACCAAAUGAAGAACAAUUUACCGAAGCAAAUGAGGGUGAAUCAACUGAAGAACAACCUAAAGAAGAAGAAAUUACCGAAGCAAAUGAGGGUAAAUCAAUUGAAGAACACAUAAUUGAAGAAACUGAGGGUAAAUCAACUGAAGAACAACCUAAAGCAGAAGAAAUUACUGAAGCAAAUGAGGGUAAACAAACUGAAGAGCAACCAAAAGCAGAAGAAGAAGAAGAACAAAUUACCGAAGCAAAUGAAGGUAAAUCAAGUGAAGAACAAAUUAGUGAAGCAAAUGAGGGUGAUAAAUCGCCGGAACCAGAAAACGUAAAAGAGGAGAGAGAAAAUGAAGCAUUGGUGAAACAGGAUGAAACAACCAAACCAGAAACUGAAAUUGAACAAACAGUGAAAGAGGAGGAUAAAUCGACAGAAAUUGAGGGGAGAGAAAUUGAACAAAUUGUGAAAGAGGAGGAUGAAUCAACAGAAAAAGAGGAGAGAGAAAAUCUGAAAGAAGAAAAUGAAGACGAAGAAGGUCCGCCGCCGGGUUGGGAUGCCCUGCCGCCGCCUCCUCCCCUGCCUCCGUCGUCCUCUCUACCCGAAAGGGGUCAAAUGGUUUGUGGUUCCUGCCGCCGCCUUCUUUCUUAUCCUCUUGGAUCCAAGCAUGGCCAAUGCUCAUGCUGCCAGACUGUGAACUAUGUACUCGAAGAGCAUCAAGUCGGACAAGUCAAGUGUGGAAACUGUCACGUGCUUCUGAUGUACCCCUUUGGGGCUCAAUCUGUUCGGUGUUGCUCCUGCCAUUCUGUCCUGUACAUAGGAGACCAUAACAGGCGGCCUCCUCUGUCUGUACAGCAAAGCCAAGCUUGCCGGCCUUUCAGCGUUUCUCACUGAGGACUUACAUUUCUAGCUCAAUCAUUUUUAAUUGUUAUUUCAAUUCAAUUAGUUCAUGCUCAUGAAAAUUGGUGACUAGAUGUCAUGGCAAUGCUAAAUGCAUCACAUUAAAGUAGCUAAUAUUGCAAAUGCAGUCCUGCGUCGUUUUGCUUAGACAAAAUUUAGCCGUCAUGGGAUGGGAAAUUGAGAUAUUAUCUUCAACAGAGUACAUUACAGUGUAAUUUCUUAUGGUUAGACAGUUGUUUUAACUGCAUGAAUUCAAAGUAAAAGCACCACAU